GGUUGAAACAUUUUUUUUUUCAUUUUAAAAGCAGUUUCGUAUAUAUAUAUAAUGAUAUUUAAUGCGAAUGUUCACCAUCGAUUAAAAUAUUUUAAUCUUUUAUUAGUCCAUGAAUUAGUAUUAAUUCAACAUCAACAUGAAAAAAAUUUAACAACAUAUAAAAACUUUGAAAUUUUGGUUUGUCGUGAUUCUGAACGAAUAUCAAGCUCAAAUCCAAAAAAAAAUUUCAUUAUCAAUUGA